CUGGAGCUCAUCCACUCGGCACAGAGGCUGUUCCAGCGCCUCCGCGCAAAGUCCAGGAGGACUGCACGCAGAACCAAAACGGUCCUCCCGGUGCCUCCGUCUCCCGACCCGACUCCCAGAUCUGCCUCGAUUUCUCCCCCCCUCUCUCUCGUUGGGCUUUUACGCGCCGGUGGAUGGUACAUCUUCACUCUCCGUACAGCGCUUCCACACCUGCUCCGUCUCAAAGCGGCUGCUCCUGGGAAGCUGCAGCAUCGCUCCACAUUCCUGCGGACCUCACUUAUUCCAAAGGUGCAGCAGGAUGCAGGGCGUGUUGCCCGUGUGUGGACUGCAGCCCCUGCUGCUCCUCCUUCUGCUUCAGACGGCCGGCUGCGGAUUGAUCGAUUCCUCCACGCCUCUUCUUUUUUCACAGGUUUAGCCAAUGCGGACACGGUGGUGAAUAUGCGGAAGGUGACCCAUCAGACCAUUAGUGAGGAGCUGUCUAAAACUGUCCUGCUCCCCUGUCUCUUCACACUUCGCCCCGCGGCCGGUUCCUUCCACGAGCCCCCCAGAAUCAAGUGGACUAAGGUUUGGGGUCAGAGAGGCUCGGACGGCCUGCAGAAGGAACAGUCCGUCCUGGUGGCAAAAGACAAUGUGGUCAAGGUGAAGAAAGCCUAUCAGGGGCGUGUCUCUCUACCGGGCUACAGCAAGAAUCGCUACAACGCCAGUCUCUCUCUGACGGGGCUGCGGUCCAGCGACUCCGGUCUGUACCGCUGCGAGGUCGUGAUGGGCAUCAACGAUGAGCAGGACACAGUUCCACUGGAGGUCACAGGUGUGGUGUUCCACUAUAGGGCCCCUCACGAUCGCUACGCCCUGUCCUUCGAGGACGCCAAGAGCGUUUGUGUGGAGAACUCGGCGGCCAUCGCGACGCCGGGUCAACUGCAGGCCACCUUUGCAGAUGGCUACGACAACUGUGACGCGGGCUGGCUCGCCGACCAGACCGUACGCUACCCCAUCCAGUCACCGCGUCCUGGUUGCUAUGGCGAUCGCGAGGACUCACCCGGUGUCCGUAACUAUGGCAAUAGGUCCCCAGAGGAGCUGUUUGAUGUUUACUGUUUCGCAAAGAAGCUUCAUGGUGAGGUGUUCCACUCCACGGUGCCGGAGAAGCUCAGCCUGGCCACCGCCUCCACCCACUGCCAUUCCCUGGGCGCCCAGCUGGCCACCGCCGGGCAGCUCUACCUGGCCUGGCAGGCCGGUCUCGACCAGUGCGAUCCCGGCUGGCUGGCGGAUGGCAGCGUUCGCUAUCCCAUCAAUGUCCCGCGGAGGAACUGUGGCGGAGACGAGCCGGGCGUGCGGACGGUUUACAACAACCCCAACCGCACCGGCUUCCCAGACACGGCGGCCCUCUUUGACGCCUACUGCUACCAAGUUCAUACGCCAGCGGGGAUCCAAGCUACAGAGGCACAAACUAUGGACCUGACCAAGAGACCUGUGGCAGAAGCCAUUUCUUCUGCCCAUGAAGCUGAGAAUGACCUCCCCCCUUCUAAGACCUCUGCGUGGACUGUCCUGGUGGACUCGACAAAAGCAGGCAACUUCUCUUUAACUGACGCUAACAACCCAUCUGAGAUCUCCGAAGAGCAUGUUGUCAUCGAGUUAAGGCCGGAGGCAGACUGGGAUGAAAAAAAAGAUGGAACCGAAACCAGCCAAGACCAGUCGGAAGGCCCAAAGACAAACAGCAGCCUGGGCCUUUAUGACCUCCGAAGAAUGGACAGCCAAGGAGGCUCUGCUCAUGAAGAUGAGGACGGCAGUUACUUUGACUCUUACACUCCAGAAACAUCCUCGAGAGCUUCUUCUACCCCCGAACCUCAGACAAAUCACGGUAUUCUUACCGAAUUUGUCAAUACUCUCGUAAGACCCUUUAAGUACUUGAUGAGCAUGAAAGAGGUGGAUGAGACAAAGAACACACCGAUGGAGCCUGAGGCGAAAGCAGAAGAGAACCAGACACACACAGAAACAUCCAGCAGAAACCUGAGUAUCCCAAAGGCCAGCGAAAACAAGGGCAGCAUUGACAAUGCCAUCAUGGAGCGCAAAGGUCACACUUCCUUUCAGGAUCCUACCGGCGGGCUGCAGAGUAUAGAGCAGGGUCUGUCUGAGCAGGAAAAGGAGCUGAUGCCAUUGAUUAAACUUGUGCCUGCGGUCCAAAAUACAGAGCAAAGCGAAGCCGGCUCCCAUCCCAGGGAAGGAGUGGUUAACCUUCAGGCCACUGCUCACGCUGGUCAGCUUGAGCGAUCCCCACCAAGUGAGGAUGAAAACAUGUCCAGUCCUGAAAGUCCAAAAGGAGCCCCGACGUUUGCUCCUGCUGCCCCCAGCCCUCACUUUCAGUGGGCCGUAAAGGCCAUGCACGGGCCCAGCGGUGAACCUCCCGGAAAUGAGGUCUAUGUGGCCAAACGUCCCUCCUGGGAGCCAAUGGAGGCCAAAGCAGGACCUCUGGAGGUGAUGACCCUUCCCACCUCCCUUCAACAAGACAACCUGGAGAACUACUCAGGAGAGGGAAAGGACCAGGACACAGAGGACUCCAACACAUCGACCGACCGAGGCAAGGCUGGACUGGGUGAGGACAAGGACUUGGAUGGGAGUGGAGAAGGAAGCAACUUUCCCAGCAGCUUUGAAAUGACAGUCAGAAACAUGGCCAUCAGUGAUGUCAAAGUCACACCGGAAACAGAUCCUUUACCCACCCAGGCAGUGGGUGAGCACAGUACUCUGACCCCAUCUCAGAGCUCCCUGGAGCCACGUCCAGCACAGGAGGCCAGGGGAGAGAUACUCUACGUCCCAUGGCCGGCCGACAACCUGUACUCUGCCUCCACACACACGGACGGUUCAAACUCAGCUUUCACGCAAGCUUUUAGGAAGAAUGGCCAAGGCGAGAGCAGGAAAGACGCGAUUGCCACCACAACUGAAGCUUUGAUGAGACGGCUGACUGCUUCAGAGGUUAGCACCGGGGAGCUUCUGGGCUCAGAUGCGCAGAAGAUGGAUCAGAUCACUACAGCAGCCGCCGCUGAAAAUACACCAAACAGCUCUGCUACAGAGGCAUUGAUUUCCCUUUCAUGGGUUCAGGAAGAGAAAAAGGAAACUACAAGUUUUCCCAACCCGCAAAGCCGGCUCUCAGCGACUCCGGCGCCCGCUGAGGGACCUCAAGCCGCGGGCGUUCGUUUGACCACCAGCUCAUCGAUGGAAUCCAGAUCUGCCGUGACUGAGGCGUUUGUCGUGGGAGGUAUAAUGACCCCGUUAAAAGGCUUGAAGUCAGAUGACCGGACAUCCCCGGAGGUCUCAGAGGGCAAAGACACGGACGACCCGUUCGGAAUUCUCAUGCCCAACUGGGCAUUGAGUUUCAUCCCAUCAGCGGACAACAACCCCUGCCAGACCAACCCCUGUCUCCACGGCGGCAGCUGCCUGCAGGAAGGUGACGGCUAUAGCUGCUACUGUCCUCAGGGCUUCUCUGGAGAGAGCUGCGAGAUCGGUGAGUCCCCGCCAGGUCGGGUCCGAUCGCUGAUACCUUGU